AUGGCGACCGCUGAAGCCGCCGACCCCCGCUCGUUCAAUUCCGCCGACGAUGCUUUCCAGUACCCGGUUCCCGUCGUCCGCAAGCUCGAGCAGCAGCUCCGCCACAAUGCAGACGAGAAUCGCGAGAAGCUGCGGUCGUUGGUCGGCGCGAGCUACCGCGACCUGCUGGGCACUGCCGAGCGCAUCAUCGAAAUGGACCGCCAAAUGCAGCAUGUCGAAUCCACCCUGGGCGUGAUUGGUCAAAGAUGCAAUUCGCGGAGGCUCGAUAGCAUAAGCAAGAAUUACCGGGGUCUAGCUGCCUACUCGCGCAAGCUCGAUGCCGACCGCUUCUCGUUCGCUGCCCAACUCGCCCUUCUCCAGACCUGUCCCACCGUCAUCCGCCGCACGCUGAAGAAGGGCUCGACCCUGCUCGCCGCCAAGAUCCUCGUCAUCUCUCGCCUUUUGCACAAGAAUCUCUCCGACGCUUCUGAUGUCCCUCCGUUCGUCGACUCUCUCAAGAACCAGCUCGCUUCGUUGCGUCGGAAGCUGCUACACACUGUUGACAAGCAAUUCUCGCGCUUCAAUUCGGAGACAAAUGAUGUGCUGGAGAGCAUGUGUGCUUUCUCGCUGGCAACGAGCUCCACCCCCAGCGAUGUACUGCGUCAUUUCCACCACGUCCGUUUGGAAUCAAUGACGAGGCUGGUCGAUGAAGGCCGAACUUCUCAAGAACACCUUCCUCGCGCCCUGAAAUUGUACGUGCGAACUUUGGCCGACACUCAGGCCAUCUUCCCCAAGCGCCUCGCCGAUGCUCUAGUGCGUCUGAAGGCCCGCCCACUUCUUCAGGAUCCGGAGAUCCAGGCCAUUGCUGAACUCAACCUUGACGUUCAUGAGCGUUGGAUUGCCGAUGAGGUGAGGAACUUUACUCCAUGGCCUAGGCAUGACGAGCUUUCCAAGCCAGAUGCGGAGAAGAUCUUGAAGGCUUGGGCAAGGCAGGCGGUAAAAGCCUUCCUUGACAGCACCCGCGGCGUCCUGGCCGAACAUGAUGACCCCAAAACGGUCCUCCAUGUGAGAAGAGACAUGUUGGAGACUUGGCUUUCGUCUUCGAAUCGUGGUCUCGGCGUUGACCCAUCUUCCGUAUUGGAUGAUCUUAGAGAUGUUCUCAACGAGCGCCUCCGCACUCUGCUGACCUUGCGUGCGUCGCGACUUCGCCUGGUUACAUCUGAUCUCUCUCGCAUACUUGACGCCUGCACUGGUGAAAGUGAGAACCAAGCAGUGUCCUUGUGGGAUCCUUCUACAACCUCGAUUGAUACCUCUAACGGAGCUCCUGCCUUCAAGCGAGCAAUCAUUGAGCGAAGCCAUGGCCUCAAUGAUGCUCUUUUGCAACUUAUUGCCUCGUACGACUUGUGGGCUAGUUCCAUAGAAGGUGCUUAUGCCGUGAUCAAAGAGAUGAAGGACACCAGAUGGGAUGACGAUCUUGAGGCCGACGAUGACGUUGAUGACUUCGAGUUUGAAUCCAAGCAAGCCUUACUCAGCGAGGACGACCCCCGCUCACUAGAGGACUCGUUGAAAGAGGCUCUCUCCACCGCUUUUGCAGAGCUACAAAACGACGUAGAUUCUCUCGUUGCGAAGACCUUGGAAGAUUCGGAGCUGGCCGCACCCAAAACCUUCUUGAUCAUCCGUGCUCUUCGGGAGGUUAGCCAGCGUCUUGGAGCUUUGUCGACGGCAAACAGACGCAUCGUCGCCUCAUCCACCGUCUUCCCUCCUUCCGUCACACACCCUCUUCACCUUGCUAUCGCAAGGCACGUCUCAAAGUCGCCCCUUUCGGUCUACGACAGCGCAACGAAAAAGGUGGCACGGUCUCGCCGGGCAAGGGCAAGGGCGUUGUGGGAAGGGAAUCCGCAGCUGCCGGUGCAACCGUCCGUAAGCGUCUUCAAGUUCCUCAGUGCACUUCACCAGGAGAUGAUGGUGUGCGGUGGGGAUCUGUGGUCUCCAGGAGCUGUGGAUGUCCUCAAGAAAGAGAUGUCUGAUGAGAGUGUGGCCGUUCUGCGCGGAUGCAUUGAAGCAAUCAAGAACGUGGACGGUGCUACAAACGGAGAAACCGAGAAGCCCGCAAAGGAACCAGCGGACGAGGGAGAAUCGAAGGAAGAAGAGGCCGUCAAGGAAGAAAAUACCACGAACGGCGAGAAGACGGCGGAAACAGCAAACGCUUCCAACCCCGAGGUCCAAAAAGACAAACUCACUCACCUGCUAUUCGACGUAUGCUACUUGCAGCGCGCAUUCUCCCAGAAGAACUCAGAAGGAUCUUCUCUCACGACACUGGAGAAGGAGCUACAAGAGGUGUCUGGAGCUGACGGUGCAGCAUUGGAGCGUCUGAAGAAGAGCGCGGGCGAUUAUUGGCGGAAGAGCUAUCUUUUGUUUGCACUGCUUUCUUAG